ACGGUAGGUACGCUCAUUGGCUACAGUUGGAAAAAAUAACGGCGUUCAACGAAUUGAAUUAUUUAGGCACGCUCGUUAUGUUCAGUGUCUUCUCCAAGCAUACAGUUUAGAUGUUGCGCCUCUGACAUUGUUGCGAGUCGCUCCCUAAAGAAACCAGUUCUGGAGCUCCGCAAGCUACACGCAGCAUUAGCCUAUUAAGCUGCAACUCAAUCGUAGCUGGAUAUCAUCGGUCAAGUCAUCCUCGACCGGCGACAAGAUUUGACUACAUAACUUUGACCGCUCGGUCGCCAUAGUAUGGCCAACAACAAGAAGAAGAAGAGUACCUCGCCAGUGCGAGAGAAGGCCGAUAAGAAGAAGCAAGCUCUAAGACUAGUCGAAGAAUAUGUAUCAGAUUCGGACAUUGUCGACGAGGUCCCUUUCAAGCCUCCACCGGAAGAGCCUAGCAUCGUGCGUAAGCUGAUGCUACUCGGCGGCAUGCUCAUUGCCAUCAGUGGUUUCUUCUACGGCUGGCCUGAUCCAACGUACUUGCUAAGACCGCGAUUGACGGGCGCGGACAAACUCCUCGCAGAAAAUCCAUUGAUCGAUGGCCACAAUGAUCUCCUCAUCCUCAUUCGCGAGAAAUACAACAACAAGAUCUAUGAACGUAAUUUCACGACCGCAUUGGAGAAAGGUGGUCUGACAGGCCAAUUCGACUUUCCACGCGCCGACCGCGGACGACUCGGCGGUGCUUUCUGGUCUGCCUUCGUCCCCUGUCCCGCCGAUGGUCUCGAUUUCUCCGACGAAGCCUACGCACCGUUCGUCCGAGCCACCCUCGACCAGCUCGACCUCUUCCACCGCCUGUCCGCCAAAUAUCCCAAGUACUUCACCCUCGCGCUCAGUGCCAAAGAAGCCCUCUACAACUUCCACGUCGACCACAAACUCAUCAGCCCCCUCGCCAUCGAGGGCCUGCACCAAAUCGGCAACUCCAUCUCCACCCUCCGCCACUACCACCGUCUCGGCGUCCGCUACGCCACCCUCAACUGGAACUGCCACACCCGCUACUCCGACGCCGCCGUCAUCACCAAGGCCUCCCGCGCCAUCCGCGCCCCGCCCUACUGGGGCGGCGUCAGCCCCGCCGGCCGCCUCGUCAUCCAAGAAAUGAACCGUCUCGGCAUGAUCGUCGACCUCUCGCACGUCUCCGCCGACACGAUGCGGGACGUGCUAGGUGGGAACCUGGUCGCGACCAACUGGACGGGGAGCCUCGCGCCGCCGAUUUUCUCCCACUCGAGCGCCUACGCGCUCUGCCCGCACCCGCGCAACGUCCCCGACGACGUCCUCGAUCUGGUCAAGGCGCGCAACAGCCUGGUGAUGGUGAACUUCGCGCCGGAUUUCAUCAGCUGUAAGACGCGCCGGCCGGACGAUCCGGACUUCGACACGGGAAUGCCGGAGUAUGUGGAGGCGGAUUCCACGCUGGCGCAGGUUGCGGCGCAUAUCCUGCACAUCGGCCGGAGGAUUGGGUUCGAUCAUGUGGGCAUCGGGAGCGAUUAUGACGGAAUCCCUACGACGCCGAGAGGCUUAGAGGAUGUUGGGCGGUUCCCGGCGCUCUUUGAUUAUUUGCUUGCUGAGGGCGUGAGUGUAAGGGAUGCGGCGAAGGUCGCGGGAGGGAAUUUGCUGCGGGUGUGGCAGGAGGUAGACGAUGUGGCGAAACGUUUGCAGAGAACGAUGGACCCCCUGGAGGAUGACUUGCCGAGGCGGAUCGCUGAGAUUGAUGUCGCCGGCAUCACGGAGGUUGAGGACCAUGUAGAUGGGAGUGUGAGGGAGCUCUGAGUGUCAUCUUUGUGGGAAGUACUAUGAAUUUUGCUGUCACCUGAAUAUGGAAAAUAUUGAAAAUUCGAUCAUGCCUGCUUCAUUCAUCCGCAUCCUUUAUGACGCAAAUGAUUUCUCCGUCCCUCAACGCGAUG